AUGCCACAUGAAAUCUACAGUGCAAGCCUAGAAGAACUCUCGGCACUUGAGGAAAAACAUACACUCAAAUCAUUCAAUAGUGAGGUUGCUUGGAAAUUGGGUUCUUUGGGUCGUCAGUUAUGUCAACAAUCUCACCCAAACAAGGGAGUUGUUAUUGAUAUCACCUUGACCAAUGGUCAAACAUUAUUCCACUCUGCUGUGUCUUCAGGAACAGCAUUGGACAAUGACAAUUGGGUUAAAAGAAAGUACAAUACCGUUUUCAGAUUUGGAAAAUCAAGUUUUUACAUUGGACAGAAACUUAGACAAAAGGGUAAAUCUAUUGAAGAGGCCAUGUUUGUAUCUCCAAAAGAAUAUGCUUCUCACGGUGGAAGUGUACCAUUGCGUGUUGGGUCAAAUGAGUUUCCUAUUGGAGCUUUAACUAUUAGUGGAUUGGCUCAAGAAGAGGACCAUUUGCUUGCCUUGGAGAUCUUGGAAAAAUUCACAAGUAAGGCAUAA